AUGGCACCUUCGGCUAUUGCAACGACCCCUGAGGACUAUGCAUCUCUAUCGUCCUUGAAAGCAAACUACACCCCCCGUCUCGAAGAAAGCCACAAUGGAAAGGCUCUAUCCAAGGCCAUGAUCGGCCGUGCUCUGCAGCAGCGUGUGCAGGGCAUCGACGAAGAUACUUGCGAGCCCGGCGAAGAGGACGCUUUCUUCGUCGCCGACAUGGGCGACAUCUACCGCCAGCACCUGCGCUGGAAGAAGCACCUCAACCGCGUCAAGCCCCACUACGCCGUCAAAUGCAAUCCCGACCCUCAGGUCCUGCGCCUGCUGGCUGCAAUGGGCACCGGUUUUGAUUGCGCCUCCAAGGCUGAGAUUGAUAUGGUCCUCCGCCUCGGUGUCGACCCCUCUCGCAUCAUCUACGCCCAGCCCUGCAAGACCAAGUCUUACGUCCGCUACGCUUCCAAGCAAGGCGUGCGCCAGAUGACUUUUGACAACUCCGACGAGCUUUACAAGAUCAAGGAACUCUUCCCCGACGCCGAACUAUACCUCCGCAUCCUUACCGAUGACUCGGCCAGUCUUUGCCGUCUGAGUCUCAAGUUUGGCGCCUCGCUCGACGACACGGGUGAUCUUCUUGCUCUCGCCAGAAAGCUCGAUCUCAACGUCGUUGGUGUCGCUUUCCACGUCGGCUCAGGCGCUUCCGACCCAGCAGCCUUCCUGAAGGCCGUCCGCGAUGCUCGCUUCGUCUUCGAUCAGGCCAAUGCCCUUGGUUACGACCUCAAGACCCUGGACGUGGGCGGCGGUUUCGUCAGCGAGACUUUCGACGACAUGGCCGCUGUUCUCUCAGUCGCCCUGGACGAAUACUUCCCUCCCAGCGUGCGCGUCAUCGGCGAGCCCGGUCGCUACUACGUUUCCUCCGCCUUCACCAUCGCCUGCAACGUUAUUGCCCGCCGCUCGGUCGAAGACAAGGCUCUUGGAGUAAACAGCUACAUGCUCUACCUCAACGACGGCGUGUACGGCAACUUCAGCUCCAUCAUGUUCGACCACCAACACCCCAUCCCGCGCGUCCUCAAGGCCCAGAACGAUACCCUGGCUACCUACAACAACCACUCUGAUGCAGUUGCCGCUUAUGACGCUGCCACCAAGCUGCCUUUGGAAUACUCCAUCUGGGGCCCUACUUGCGAUGGCAUUGAUUGCAUCUCUGAGUCCUGGACUUGUGCUCAAACUCUUGAUGUGGGCGAUUGGCUGUACUUUGAGGAUAUGGGCGCAUACACCAAGUGCAGUGCUACCAAGUUCAAUGGGUUCAGCGACACUCACCACACUGUUUACAUCUCCAGCGAGCCCGGCGCUUCUGCUUUGCUUGGAUACUAG